CUAUGGAGGGAGAACUCUGGAUGGACCCGUUUGUUGCUCCAAAACACUCUUCACCGUCUUUCUAGUCGUCAAAGUCUGCUGCUAUUCCCGCGUGUGUUAACCCCGGGGGUUGUUUUGACUGUUGGCUAAACUUCGUGAGUCCCUUGAAGCCAGGGAAAAAGUUCUCCGCGGACAGUUGGCGACUAAAUUUAGCCUGCUAGUUUAGCUCGGCUGGUGAGAAAGGACAAAAAAACGGGCCGCUGGAAGACGGAAACUAGUUAUGUUGCCUCCAGGGAUUAACUUCAGGUACGGGUGAGAGAGCUGCGGACACUUGGGGAGAUGCCGAGGACAAAUGCGAGCCAAACGGCGGGGGUUAUGUCGGAGUGGAAUCACGGCUCCCGCAGCUCGGCGGAGUCCCGGGGUUGGCCACCGCACUCGGUGCCGUGGAGGAUCGGGGGCUUCUUCUUCCUGCUGCUGCUGGAGGGUGCCGUCUGCCUCGCCAGCCCAAGCAGCUUCUCAGGGUCCACCGCCGACAGCAGUGUCAACAUUUACAUGAGCGUGGAGGAAGUGAGGAAACUCUUAGGUCUAGAUGCAGAGCUUUACUAUGUGAGAGAUGGUGUGGUGAAUCAUUACGCUCUCUCCUUCAUUCUUCCUGUUCCCAGUGAGACCAACAGCCUUCACUUCUCAUGGAAUGCCAAGACCAAGGUCGAUUAUCGUCUGGGGUUCCAUAUGGAGAACCCUGUCGCCAUGAACCAACCACGUAGUAACAUCACGAGUCAGGGGGAGGUGCCACGCUUCCCAUCUGUCUUCAGAGUGGACCUGUUCUGUUCCGGGAAGGUCGAUGGGGAAGCUGUUGUGACUGUGCAGCUCAAUCUAACGAUCCAGACCAACAACUACACAGCACUCAACUUCAAGAGGAGGAAAAUGUGCUACAAGAGAGUUGAUUCUGACCCAAAGAUCCACACCCACCGUAACAACCAGACAUUUCAGCAGCCAGACUUUGGUGUGACAGCACCCACCACCUCCACCCAGGUGUUCUACAUUAGCGUGAGUGUCUGCUGCAUCGUCAUCUUCCUGGUGGCCAUUGUCCUGGCCAUCCUGCACCUGCACAGCAUGAAAAGAGUCGAGAUGGAGGACAGUGUGAGCGACAGUGGAAGCUCCCAGGGCCUGUCUCAGCCCUCCACCCAGACCACACAGUAUCUGAGGGCAGAUACUCCCAACAAUGUUGCGCCCGUCACAAACAAUCACCCUGGUUCUGCACCCAUCCUCCAGCUUGCUGGCUCCUCCUUCCAAAACCCUGGUGUCCCCCCUCAUGAACCUAAAACUUAUCCAUCUCUGCGCAUCGAGAAGAACGACCUUCGGAGUGUGACUCUAAUGGAGGCAAAAGCCAAAGUCAAAGACAUCGCGAUUUCACGGGAGAGAGUGACGUUACGAGAUGUUUUACAUGAAGGCACUUUUGGACGCAUCUUCCAUGGUGUGCUACUGGACGAGAAGGACCCUACCAAGGAAAAGGAGGUCUUCGUGAAGACUGUCAAAGAACACGCGUCAGAAGUGCAAGUAACUAUGAUGUUGACCGAAAGUUGCAAACUACGUGGACUUCAUCACAGAAAUCUGUUGCCAAUAAGUCAUGUGUGCACAGAGGAAGGUGAGAAGCCUAUGGUCCUGUUACCGUUCAUGGUUUGGGGCAAUUUGAAGCUGUUCUUGCGGCAGUGCAAGCUAGCUGAAGCCAAUAACCCACAGGCGGUCUCCCAACAAGACCUGGUGUACAUGGCCAUUCAGAUAUCAUGUGGAAUGAGCUACCUCGCUCGCCGGGAGGUGAUUCACAAGGAUUUGGCUGCAAGAAACUGUGUCAUCGACGACAACAUGCAGGUUAAGAUCACUGACAAUGCUCUCGCCCGAGAUCUCUUUCCAAUGGACUACCACUGUCUCGGGGAUAAUGAAAACCGUCCCGUGCGCUGGAUGGCCCUGGAAAGCUUGCUCAAUAACGACUUUUCUAGUGCCAGUGAUGUGUGGGCUUUUGGAGUGACGCUGUGGGAACUGAUGACUCUGGGCCAGACUCCGUAUGUCGACAUCGACCCCUUUGAAAUGUCAGCCUACCUGAAGGAUGGGUACAGAAUAGCCCAGCCGAUCAACUGUCCCGAUGAGCUGUUUGCUGUCAUGGCUUGCUGCUGGGCCCUGGACGCAGAAGAGAGACCCAAGUUUCAGCAGCUCGUUCAGUGUCUCACAGAGUUCCAUGCAGCUUUAGGGGCUUAUGUUUAAAAUCUCGCAUGAAAACGCGAGCAGUUUCACAGCUGAUGGACAGCAAUCGAGAAAAACCUGCACAUUGUUUUCAAUUGUAUAUUUUCUAUUAUGUUUUAUAUAUGAUGUCGAAUCACCUUUUUUACAUUGUAGUGAGGUGAAAAGUGUGUUGUCAAAGUUUUUAUGCAUCGAGAGGCAGUUCCAUCACUGCCUCUUUGACAACUCCUGAAUAUUUAUGGAACAAAUCCGACCAUCUGCCUGUUUAUGAAGAACUGUGUUUACUGCGGUUUGUUUCAUUGUCCAGCUGUAAAGGAGCUACUUCGUUGACCAUGACUCGGCUGGUGAUGAGGUACCAAAGUGGACUGAUCUUUUUACACCCUUGAACCUGCUACAGAGACUUAUUGGGUGAAGUUGGUACGAGAGCAGGUUUAACCAGCCAAGUGGUUUCCCUGAGGUUGAGCUCUUUCCUCGUGCUGCCUGUCGGUUAUCUCUGAAUUCAGCUCACCACCAGCGUUAUGGCGCCUCCGGCUCCUUUUGCAUUUUCAUUGCCAAGCGCUGAGUGAGAGGGGAUCAAGACUUUUGUAUUCUAUAAGCUUUUUUUGACUAGCUCUAAUAUUCACUGUGAACAUGUGUGUUUUCGUCCCCCUGUCCUCUUCGCCUGACAUUUCUGUGACGCGACACACGUCUGUGGUCACCGCAUGUUGAAUUACAGCUGUAAAAAUCCCAUGUUUUUUUUGUUCACAAUUAAAUUGAUUUCUUUUUGGAAUUUCAAACUGUUCAUUAUUUAUCCAUGCUGCUUUCUUUGGCUCUGUCUUUGCUUUCAGUGUUCCACCACGUAACGAUGGAGGCCGGGCCAAGUGCUGAUUAUAUCAGGUCACAAUUUUAUUACAGGUUGUCAGUCUCAAGGUUGUUUUCCCUCAUCAGUUUAGGUCCAA